AUGGAGAAUAAAUGGUUCAUGGACAUCAUCUUUGAUGAAUUUAGGGGUGGCAAGAUCAAUAUAGAUAAGACCUUGAAACUGCUCAAUAAGUUUGAAGUCUCCUAUGAUUAUGUUCAUGUGAAAAAAGUGUUUAAGAAAAAUGACAAACAGAAGGCUGGAGUCAUCACCAUGGAAGAUUUUAGGGCAAUUUAUCGAACACUUCUGCACAGACCUGAAUUUAACGAACUCUUCAGCAGCUACUCACCAAACAAAAAAGUUCUAGCACCAUCAAAUCUAGCUGACUUUCUUCGAAAGGAGCAGUUUGAACUUGAUGCUAAUGAAGGAAGAGCUGUUUCACUCAUUAAUAAAUAUGAACCCAUUGAUGAAGCGAGAAAGAAGAAGGAGAUGACCUUCGAAGGCUUUAUACGAUACAUGAUGUCAGAAGAGUGCAGCGUAUUUAAAGUGCAACACAAAAACGUUUACCAAGACAUGAGCUACCCAAUGUGUGAUUAUUUCAUAUCGUCUUCACACAAUACCUACUUGAUACAAGACCAGCUUGUAGGACCAAGUCACCUCUGGGGCUACGCCAACUCCUUAAAGAAGGGAUGCCGCUGUGUGGAAAUUGACUGCUGGGACGGGCCAAAUGAGGAACCUGUGGUCUACCAUGGACACACCUUGACGAGCAAAAUUACCUUCCAGAACGUCAUCAAUGUGAUUUACAAGCAUGCCUUUGAGACUUCAGAUUAUCCCAUUGUUCUAUCUCUGGAGAACCACUGUGGCCCCAAACAGCAGGAGAAGAUGGCGGCACAUCUGCUAGACAUUCUCAGGGAUACCCUUUGCGUUUCGACACUAGAUGGUACUAUGCCAUCAGAACUACCUUCCCCAGAGCAACUGAAAGGCAAGAUCUUGAUCAAGAAUAAGAAAAUUGGAACACUGGAAGACACUCUUCAACGGAGCGGCCCACGAACCCGGGGUCAUUUAGGAGAAGUUGAGGAGGUCACAGGCUCGGAGGAGGAUGCUGACGAAGACCCUGCAGCACAUUUGAUAAAGAAACCCGUCAUUCGGAAGCCAUCAGCCCCUAAAAAGGACAAGAAGGACAAGGUAAGUCAUAAGGUGAAAGUGGCUAUGUUGCUGUCCGAACUUGUGAUUUUCACUGCUUCCCGGAAGUUUGUCAGCUUUGAAGAUUCAAGGGAGAAACAGAAAUUUUAUCAAAAUAAUUCCAUCGGGGAAGUGAAAGGCCAGAAGCUCAUAAGCAAGAAAGCUCCUGACUUUGUCUCACACACAAUCCGCUUCAUUACAAGAAUUUACCCCAAAGGAACUAGGGCAGAUUCUUCAAAUUAUGAUCCACAAGAAUUCUGGAAUGUUGGGUGCCAAAUGGUGGCCUUAAACUUUCAAACACCUGGAGUACAAAUGGACCUACUGAAUGGAAAAUUUUUGGACAAUGGUGGCUCUGGCUUUGUUUUAAAACCAGAAUUCUUGAGAAGGAAGGACAGCGCCUUUGACCCAUUUAGUGUGACUGGGAGGUAUAAUCCAAUUACGCUUACAAUAAAGGUUAUUAGUGGAUAUCAGCUACCUCCAAGUAACCUCUCCAAAAGUAAUAAGGCUGAUCCCUUAGUCAAAAUAGAAAUCCAUGGUGUUGCUGAAGAUAUGGUAAAACAGCAGACUUCUGUCAUAAAGAACAACGCACUGAAUCCUAGAUGGAAUGAAACUUUCACAUUCAAUGUCCAGGUUCCAGAUCUUGCCUUAGUACGCUUCAUUGUAGAAGAUCAGAUGGCACUGGCUGCCAAUGACUUCCUUGGUCAAUUUACCUUGCCACUUACAAGCAUGAAUAAAGGUUAUCGCCAUGUUCCACUGGUCUCCAAGCUUGGGGUUACCCUCAAGCCCGCCUCACUCUUUGUGUACGUGUGGUACUUCCCACAGUAA